AUGGAUCUGGACUCGUUCUUCAGUUCAGUCAACGUCGCCGCCGUCUUCCUAAUUACGGCAAUAUCACUGCUUUUUCUCAAGAUAGUACUGAAAGCCACCUGGAGAUCAUGUUCGCAGAAGCUUCCGCCUGGGCCAUGGAGGCUUCCUGUGAUUGGGAGUGUCCACCAUCUGGCCGGCGCUCUGCCGCACCAUCGGUUCAGAGAGCUGUCGAGGAAAUACGGGGCGGUGAUGUGGCUUCAGCUGGGGGAAACGCCGACGGUUGUGGUGUCGUCGGCGGAAGCGGCGAAAGAGGUGCUGAGAACUCAUGAUGUGAUAUUUGCUCAGAGGCCUCAUCUUCCCGCCGCCGAUGUUGUGCUCUAUGGCUCCACCAACAUCACUUUCUCUCCUGUCGGAGACCACUGGAAGCUUCUCAGAAAAAUUUGCUCUCUAGAGAUGGUAAAUGCCAAGCGAGUAAGAUCAUUCCAACCACUAAGAGAGAAAGAAGUGUCAAGUCUGGUGACACAAUUAUCAGAACAAGCAAGAUCUUCAUCACUGGUGAAUCCCAGUGAGAAAAUCUACACCACCAUCUUUGAUAUCACUUCAAAGGACAUGAUUCUGGGAGGGACUGAGACGUCAUCCACGAUAAUAGAAUGGGCAAUGGCUGAACUACUGAGAAACCCUGGAUUGAUGAAGAAGACACAAGCAGAAAUCAGACGAGUAGUUUCCGACAACAAAGGAUGUAUCGACGAGACAACUCUUGAGAAUCUAAGGUAUCUUAAAGCAGUGAUCAAGGAAACUCUGAGACUGCAUCCUCCAGCUCCAUUUCUGAUCCCAAGAGAGUGCACACAGACUUGUGAGAUCAAUGGGUACACAAUACCAGUUGGAACACAAGUUCUUGUGAACGUUUGGGCCAUUGGGAGAGACCCUGAUUAUUGGAGCUUAGCAGAAGAGUUUUUGCCGGAUAGAUUCUUGAACCUUGCUAUAGAUUACAAAGGUUUCAACUUUGAGUACUUACCAUUUGGUUCUGGGAAGAGGAUAUGUCCUGGGAUGUUAUUUGGUGUGGCCAGUGUGGAGAUAGUUCUUGCUCACUUGCUUUGUCGUUUUGACUGGGAGCUUCCUUCUGGGACUAUUCCAGAAACCCUAGAUAUGACUGAAACUUUAGGCACCACCAUGAGAAGGAAAAAUCACCUGAUUUUAAUCCCCAAACGUUAUUAUAGUUAA